AUGGCCUCCAAGCGCAUACCAACGGCCCAAACGGUCGCCGGCGACAAUGACCUCUUGACGGAGAUACUACUCCGCCUACCCAUAAGACCACUCCUCCGUUUCAAAUCCGUUUCCAAACACUGGCUCUCUCUCAUCACCAACCCACAUUUCUGUCGUCGCCGAAGCCGUGCACCAUCUGGCCUAUUCUUGCGCCGGCGUCCGAAUCUCAUUAACCCCGAGUACGAUUUUAUUCCUCUGGAAGACACAAGCCCGACGAAACCCCCCUUUGGAACUCUCACUUUUUCCGAUGAUCGUCAUGGUAUAAGAAUCUUUCAGUCUUGUAAUGGUUUGUUGUGUUGCUGUAUCUCUGUAGGAUUUAAUGCUGACUGCAAGUAUUAUAUCUAUAAUCCUACUACCCACCAAUUCAGUACGCUUCCUAUUCCUUCUGGUCGAGGUUUUUGGUACAGUCGUGGUGUUGGAUCAGUUUAUGCAGUUAAUUUGGCCUUUGAUCCAUCGAAAUCGCCUCACUACAAAGCUGUUUGUGUUUAUAACUCUCAGAUAUUGCCUCUUCAAUUUUCGAUUGAAGUAUACUCCUCUCAAACCGGCCUUUGGAGUCGCUCUGUAUACUCCUCUCAAACUGGCCUUUGGAGUCGCUCUGGUGAUCCUUUCAGUUCAGAUGUUAAUUUUGGUCUAGGAGUUUUCUGGAAGGGUGCUAUCAAUUGGGUCAGUCGCCGGGCUGAUUCAUUGUAUUUCGAUGUUGAUGAAGAGCGUCUUGGAAAAAUGCCUAUGCCUCCGCUGCGUGACGGUAGGGAGGAGAGGAGGCUCAGAUAUUUUGGUGAGUCUGGUGACCAUCUUCAUCUUAUUGAGAUCUAUGUUAUGGAUGCAUUUCCAGAGUCCAUAUUAGGUUUGCAUUAUUACAAAUUUCUUAUACUAAAUCUUCUGAGGAGGAAUGAUGAUAAUGAGUCCUUUCUUGUGUUGGGCAUACCUGGUAAAGCCAUUCGUUACAAUAUCAAGGACAAGACUUUCAAGAAGCUUUGUGACUUUCCCCCAGGUCAUCUAAAUUUUGAGCCUGACCAUGCCCCAAUGUCUGGAUCAUCUGGACUUAAGGUAAGCUGUGAUGGGGCCUUCAAGGGUGAAAAUGCUGCAGUGGGAAUAAUUGUAAGCGACAUCAACGGUAAGACUGAACUUUCUUCAGCAUCAAAUCAAUUGGGAAUUCAAAACUCCCUUUACAGAUCUGGACUUAAGGUAAGCUGUGAUGGGGCCUUCAAGGGUGAAAAUGCUGCAGUCGGAAUAAUUGUAAGCGACAUCAACGGGAAGUCACAGUCAACGUCCGUGAAACUGCGCGCCCACCAAUUUAUACACAAAGUCCUCUCAUUCCGGCGACAGCCCAACACUGACACCACAAAAUCUGCCACAAUUAUGGCCGCCGAGAGCAUACCAUCGGCCCAUAGAGUCACCGGCGACGACGACCUCUUGACGGGGAUACUAAUCCGCCUACCCACAAAACCACUCCUCCGUUUCAAGUCCGUUUCCAAACACUGGCUCUCUCUCAUCACCAGCCCAUAUUUUUAUCGCCGCCGAAGCCAAGGCAUUACCACUCCCUCCGGCUUAUUCUUGCGCCGAUAUUCUUCCCCGAAACAUGACUUUAUCCCCCUGGACGGUACAAGCGCAACCAAACCCCACUUCAGAACUCUCAAUAUUGUCGAACGCGGUGGUAUACAAAUCUCGCAAUCUUGUAAUGGUUUAUUGUGUUGCUUUACCGUUCAAAGAACUAAUGCUCCGUGCAAAUAUUAUAUCUGCAAUCCUACUACCCAAAAAAUCACCACACUUCCUGAUCCUAGUGGUCGGAUUUUCAAUUACACUCGCGGUGUUCAAUUGGCCUUUGAUCCGUCGAAAUCAUCAUGCUACAAAGUUGUUUGUGUUUAUUCCGCCGUGGGACUGUCUGGCCAUUAUGAAAUUGAAGUAUAUUCAUCUGAAACCGGCAUUUGGAGUCGCUCUGGUAAUCCUUUCCGCUCAUCUGUUAAAUUUAAGCAAGGGGUUUUCUGGAAUGGUGCUAUUAAUUGGUUCAGCUCCUCGGAUGAAUUUUUGUGUUUUAAUGUUGACGAAGAACUCCUUCGAACACUGUCAAUGCCACCAGUCCCCAGUGGUGGUGAGAGGAGGUUCGUUAAAUACUUCGUGGAAUCUAAUGACCAUUUGCAUCUUAUUGAGAAUUAUGGUCCUCCUACGUCACAUGUCAUUGUCUAUGAGAUGCCAAGAGACUAUUCUGGUUGGUUUGUGAAGUACAUUGUUGAUCUUGACGCAGUUAUGAAAGCAUUUCCAGGGUCCAUUAACGAAGGUGUUGACCCAUCAGACGUGAAUUACUACAUGUUUCUUAUACUAAAUCUUACACGAAUGGAUGACGAUGAUGAGUCAUUUCUAUUGUUUACCUUACCAGGUAAGGCCAUGCGUUACAAUUUGUCGGACAGGACUUUUAAGAUUGCUUUAGACUUGGAUGAAGGUCAAAGCGGGAUUGCCCCAAUUGUCCCAUGGGCUGUUGCAUUUCCAUACAUUGAAACUUUGGCUUGUGUCUGA